AACGGUAAAAGAAAAAUGAAACUUUUACAGCUUGGAAAUAAGAUGUAACUGUGUUUUAAACAUGGCGGACAUGGUCGAUAGAGAAACCGGAGGUUACGAAGCAGAAUUUCUGAUACCGGUUCCUGAAGAAUACGAAUGUCCUAUUUGUCAGCUAGCAUUUCGCGAUCCAGUUCAAAUCGAGGAUUGUGGCCAUCGAUUUUGUCAAUCAUGUCUACAAGAGUUAAAACGAAGGCAAGGAAGCCCAUGUUUAUGCCCUCUGGAUAGAAAACCAAUUUCAUCUUCCAAGAUCUUUGUCGAUAAGGCAGCAAAGCGAGCCGUUUUAUCACUCGGAGUGAAAUGUGCUAAUUGGAAAAGAAAAUGUGAUUGGACUGGAGAUCUUAUUUAUGUUGAGGAGCACAUGAAAAACUGUGCGUACGAAGAUGUCCAUUGUACAAACGUGGAAUGUAAUGAACUCAUGCCUCGCCGAACGCUUCAGUAUCAUCUGGUGUCAAAGUGCCGUUGGAGGGUGGUGUCGUGCCAGUUUUGUUCAGAGAUGUAUACCUACAAGGAUAGUAAGAUUCACAUGAAAGUAUGCAAGCGAAUCCCUUUGGAGUGCGUCAACAAGUGUGGAACUAAAGAGAUUCCUCGAGAGGAAAUGUCUUUUCAUUUGACUGAGUGUCCGCUGGCAAUCCAUCCAUGUCCUUAUCAAGACAUUGGUUGCGUAUUUAAGGGAAAACGCGACAUUCUUGAAGACCAUUCUAAGACUGCGGUUCACACACAUCUGAGCUUAGCUCUUCUUAAAAUUCGUGAAAAUGAGAGCCGAAGUACUUGUACAAACGGCGUCUUCAUCUGGAAAAUCAGCAAUUAUAAACAAAAGUACGAACAGGCUGUUGCUUCACCUGAAGACCUGGCUAUCUUCAGCCCACCAUUUUACUCAUGCCAAUACGGAUACAAACUGAGAUUAAAAGCCUAUCUCCAAGGCCGUGAUCGCGGCAAAUCAACGCAUUUAUCAUUGUACAUUAUCAUAAUGAAGGGAGAUUAUGAUGCGUUACUUGAGUGGCCCUUUAAGCAGAAGAUAACUUUUUAUCUCAUCGAUCAAGGCGAGCAGAAAGCGCAUCGUACACAUCAGCUCAGCCCGAAUCGAUCACUACCUAACAUUAAAGUUGUGUUUAAUCGACCUACUAUGAAAGAAAACCUCGGCAUUGGUAAUCCGUGUUUUGUACCACACGAAAUGCUUGAGUCUGGCGAGUUUAUCAAGGACGAUGCUAUCUUUAUCAAAGCAGUUGUUGAGCCAUCAAAAGCAACUACUUAACUUGUUUAAUUUAGGUAAAAACUUGGGGUUAACGUAACUUAAUCCUAAUUAAUCCUUGCUCUUUUUUCACUGUGUAGCCACAAUUGGCAAGAUUACAUAUAAACUGAAAAAGUACAAUCUUGGAAAAAGUGUUGUAACACGUUCCUCAACUUAGAGUUCAAGUUCACCCACCCGUUCUCAAUACACCUCGCAGAGUUGAUUUGGGCCAGCGAGGCUUUUACGUAAAUGAUGUUUUACAGAAAGCGAGUGUAAGGAAGGACAAAUGGGGGCGGAUCCUGUGCAACAAAAUUCUUGUCAGUGAAAAUUACUAAUAACAUGCAUAUUUCUCUGUAAUGUGGUAAAGCUACUGAAAUUAAUGAAAACAAAUUCCGACGAAAUCAAAACAAAUUUGCUUAUGAGACGAUCACCCUGGAUGAAAAAGCUCACUACUGCGGCGCCGAUGAGCUUCAGGUUAACUACUCCAUAAAUCCAACGUUUGUGAAAAAUAAAUAAAGAGAGCAAGAAAGAAAUAGUGGUGUUAUUGCCGGUCCGGUGGGGAAACUGUCGGCAUUCAUGUAGGAAUUCUACAUUUAACAUUAGAGAUUGCAUGUAGUGAUAAGGAGUUGAGCCGUGCCGGCUUACUUCAGAAACUAAUUUUUUAGAAUACAAUUACAUGGUCUGCUAACUUUUUGUGGUAUUGGAGAAGAUCGUUAUCACUUCAACCAAAGAUAUUCCACUUAUUGUUUAUAAGCAAUGCUUUAAAAUUGAAAAAUACAAUACUUAUUUCGUUGAUUUGGGCUGAAUUUCUGGAAACGUUACUAAUGAUGACAGAAAAAAUAAGCUGUAAUCAAACGAACGGUCCAUUUCCCCGGAGGGUGUUAAUACAUGAAGCGUGACGCUACGUGUCCAAAUAAUUACUAUGCACAUUUAUUUUUUCAAGUUUUUCUGCGUUUGUUUUACGAUGUGAAGCGAAUGGCCGCAGAUACAUGUAUAUGGCUGUUUUAUCAACUUAUAUUUGGGCAGUAACGCUGUUCUCGGUCACUGGAGCUUGGGUGGAUGGUUCCUAUUACUGCAGAAGUGACUGGUGUAAUUAUAACGAAUAUUGCUGUGGUGAUGAUAUAUGCUGUGACUAUCUCACUGGCUACUGGUAUAUUUG